CCCUUUGUUAUUUACGUUAAACAGUUUCAAGUUCCCACACUGAACCAUGUCAAAAUUAUUAGUACAUAGUCUUAUUCAAGCUAGCCCGUUGCAGCUCUUUAUUAACCUCGCUAAAAGACGAGGCAUAUGCUUCUCCCUUGGCACAUUCCACAAACCGUAUACCAAAUUCACCCACGAGCUUCAAAAAACCGUGGAUUCAGAAAGCAAUUUUAAGCAGAUUAAGUACCUCUAUAAGUACUUGCAAAAGCACAGAAACUGGUGUCGAGAGAACGACUCCAUCGAUCGUCACUACUUCAACUAUUUGCUCCUGGAUCCUAGGGUUACGAAUGGAUUAAGAGAGCGUGCAGAUCGCCUUCAUCAAAUAGAUGUUUGGCACACAUUCCUCAGAGCCAUUUUCUACGUGGGCAAGGGCAAGGCUGCCCGGCCCUAUGUCCACCUCAAAUCAGCCCAGAAAUUGAUUUGUGAAACUGAUAGCAUAACUCUGGCCAAGGACCCCAAGCUAGCCUUGAUUGUGUCCAUUUGGAAAGCAAAACGUGGCGUACUACUGUUACGUGCUUUUCCCGAAAUCUCAUCACAAGAUGCGCAAACACGUGAGGCGGCCAUUAUCGAUGCGUUGGGCAUGAAUCAUCUUACCAAUCGCCGCUUGGGAGUUUACAGUUCUGGUCCGGCAAAAAGCGAAUUCUCAUGUAGGGAGCGAAAGUACCUGGGAAUAGCUUUGCUAUACAACCUGAUGCACAAAUUCCUGGCAUGCAAAGAGCGUGAAGUGUAUCCUCUAAAAAUAAAGCUCCAAUAGCAGCCUAGUUAUAGUUUUAAAUAUAGAAAUACCAUAAGAUGAA